GCAGUGCUUGACUCAGGGCUCAAUCUUAUUCCAUGACCCAUGAGAUCAUGACCUGAGCCCAUACCAUGAGCCGGACGCUUAAACAGCUGAACCACCCAGGCGCCCCUAAAUGUGCUUUUAAGUGACCCAGAGGAACUGUGAUCCAUUUCUGUUUCAGCCCCUCGAGAACAUGAUUUAAUACUGUUUGUUACUGUGUAGGUGUGCCUGUGGCAAGUUCAUGUUAGGUCCUAUCUAGGGGUAUAUGUUCUAAAAGAAUUGAUCCCAUCUGAAGGCCGUUUAAAUCUAUCUACAAAGUAGAUUCUUCUUGUGACUUGGAAAUUACAUUUGCUUUAGGACACUGAUGAGGACCACAGUCCUAGAGGGUCUUGUCUCUCAUUUCAGGAUUCAUAUAUUUUCCAGCAUCGUGACAUUUACCAGAUUCCCCAGGAAGGAAUAUUAUUGCAGUUCCUUUGGUGGGCUACUUAAAUAACAGGAUAACAAGCUGGUUUUGUAUUUAUUGUUAUGUGUGGUGUUGCUAUUGGUGGCUGUGCUCUACUUUUGCUAUUUAUCAUGGUCUUUGAAAUUGUAAGAAACAGCAAGCAGAUUUCUAAUGGGAAGGGUCUACUUGUGCCUGGUAAAUUUCACUACAUUUUAAAAUUCUAAACCAGGUGUGGACAUCCAAAGAUGACCUGUGAGGCUGUUGCCAGGCACCCGCUGGUGAAAGGACAACAUAGGCAAAGGGUGGGGGCCACGGGGACUCUGGAAGCUCCCCCCUUACCCAGAAAUAGUUGUAGAGGAACAUGGUAUUGCUGGUGCGAGUCCUUAGGAACCAGAUUACUAUUUCCCAGUGGGUUCCAGUAUGUAGCCAAUUGGUACCUCUAUCUUCUACACAGGGAUAGUAGGGCAGGUCUCUGUCUGGUACUUUCCAGUGUCCUCAGAAGAGGCAGUCCCUAGAAUGUGGUAGAUCAGAACUGAUUCCUGGGAUAGAUGUUCAGUGGAGUAGGAAGUGUCACACCACAAAUAAGCUUUGUACUACCAAGUAUUCUCCACAGCCUAUGGAGGAGAAGGUUGGUGCCUUCAUGAAGAUAAUAGAAGCCAUGGGAUUUACAGGACCUUUGAAAUACAGUAAAUGGAAAAUUAAGGUUGUAGCCCUGCGCAGGUAUACUAGCUGUGUGGAGAAAGCUGACUUUGAGGAAUUCUUUCUAAGGUGUCAGAUGCCUGAUACAUUCAAUUCAUGGUUUCUUAUGACUCUGCUUCACAUCUGGGUGUGUCUAGUCCAAAUGAAGCAGGAAGGGCAGAGUGGGAAAUUCUUAUGUGGGAUCAUAGUUCAUUUUAUGUGGGAUGAUGUUGCAGUGUGGAAGAGUCAUGGGGCUUAGGAUCAUCUAAAGCAGAACUAUCAGAUGGGGUCACAAAAUGGGUUAAUGUGGUUUUUUCCAUUACGAUGUUCUCCCUACAGAGUGAGGAAUGAAUAGAGUUUAUAUAUGUAUUAUAAAAGUCAUACAUGUUCAUAGACUAAAAAACCAAACAGUAAAAAGCAUUUAAUGUAAAGACAAGUGUCCUUUCCCCAUUCCCCUCCCAAA